AUGAGCCGCAGCCAAGCUCAGCCAAAGAUGAAGCCACCGCCGCGCCCUCUCUUCACCUGCGGCCUCUUCCGCCACUGCACCGACUCCGUCCUCAGCCCCACCGCCGCCACCUCUCCUCCCCCCUCCUCCGCCGUCCCAAACCCUUCUCCGCCUCCUCCAACUCGUCCACCUCCCACCACCACCACCACCGCCCCUCACCCCGCUCCGGACCUCGCACCCUCAUCUUCCUCCUCUUCGUCGUCCUCCGCCUCUCAUAGCUUCACCCAAUGGCGCUUUCCCCUCUCCCACCCUCACCCACCUCCUGACCCUCCUGCACCUAUCCUUGACGCGUUUCACGCCGCCGAGCUCCAUUUUGCCUCCGGCGCUCGCCUCCCCGCCCUGCGUCUCCUCGAGAGGGCGAUCUCGCCAGAUCCAUUGACUCCGGGCGGCGAUCGUGCUUGCCCGGCCACCGUCAUGGCCGGGGUGGUUGAAUCGCUGCGAGAUCCCGAGACCGCGCGCGCUGCGGCGAAGGUUUUGCUGGCCUUGGUUUUGGGGGAGGGGAACAGGAGAUUGGCGGUGGAGCUCGGGGCGGUGGGUGCGGCGGUGGAUGCGGUUGGAGCUGGUGGUGCGACGGCGGAGAGGGCGUUAGCGGCAUUGGAGCUGAUGUGUGGGACGUCGGAGGGGGCGGAGGUGGUGAGAGGGCAUGCGAUGGCAGGGGUGGCGCUGGCGAAGGCAGCAGAGGGGAUGGGUGAGAGGGGGAGGGAGUGCGCGAUCGGAGUGAUGGCGGCGGCGUGGGGAGGAGCGGCCGCAGGGGAGGCGCCGGUGGAGGUCGGGAGAGCAGUGGUGGUGGCGUUGCAGAAGGAGUGCGGGGGAAGAGGGCGGCGCAAGGGGACACAGCUCUUGAAGGCGCUCAAGGAGAGUGGACGGCUCGAUCUCCCCGGGGAGUUUUGA